UCUGCCCGUCACUUAUUUUUACAAAACUCAAAACUCUCUGCUCGAGAAAGUCUUACGUUUCUUGCGCUGCUGUUCGAUCCUGCUCUUAUUCUCUCCUUCAUUGUCGGUUUAUUCUCUCCGUUCUUUUCUACCUGGAGUUGAUUUUUGGCUUUAUGGUAUAGCUGGCUUUACUGGAUAUGUUCCUUGAUCAGGAUCCUCUCGACACCAAUCAAAUCAGGGGAAAUCAAUCAAAGGAUGAUAUGGAGCUGAAAGCAAGGAGAGAAACGCGUUUAUGUCCACCUGAACCGAACCCAUACCCUUGGUUGUUAUUCAGGAACGGCCGAAGUUAUAGAAACCAGUUUUUUUGCAACAUAACCAAACCUGGAAAGAAACAGUUGAUGAAAAACAUCGCUGUGUUGCGUAGAAAGACAAUUCUCCCUUGUUCUCACGGUUGGUUGUUCUUAUUGGAAAUUGAUCAGUGUUCUCUAUGGAAUCCUGUGACUUUGGAAUCAAUACAGUUACCAUCACUUGCUUUGGGGCCUAAGCGAGAGAUAGGAUCUUCCAUAUUGUCAUCAUCUCCUGGAAAUCCUGAUUGUUCGAUCAUAAUAUUUGUCAAGUUAGUUCCUUUGCUCAUGUUUUGUAGAGUUGGAGAUCAACAGUGGACUGAGCAGUCCGUAAGAGAAUAUUGUGAUAAAAUGUGGACUGUUUCCAAGAUUCUAUUUGCUGCAACGGAAAAUUAUACGCAAGGACUUUUGCAUGGAACAAACUGGUAGUAAUUAAACAAGAUUUGCCAGACAGUUUUGUCAUCCAUUCACACGGAACCAUUCCGCACUUUCAGGAUCAUUCAAACCAUUUCCGUAGCUACAUGGUGGAAUCUUGUGGUGAAGUAUUUGUAAUUUAUUUAGUACAUGGAGGAAAACUGUUUGUAGAGGUAACUGGUGUUGAGGUUUUCAAAUUGGACUUUUCGCUAAUGGAAUGGAUUAAAGUAGAAUGUGCCAAGGAUCGAGCAUUUUUUGUGGAUGAAAAAGCUGCAUAUUCUUGUCCUGCUCUGAAGCCAGAAACUGAAGGGAAUCGCAUAUUUUUCACAUUGAGUGACGACAAAAGCUUGUAUUCAAUCGACAUAGAAGAGAACAGUGUUUCGGUCUCUUUGCCUUGUACAGAUCUAAAACCACCAUGGAGCACACCUAUUUGGGUAAUGCCAGACUUGAGUCUAAGUCCUGUUCAUAGAAGGAUGGAGAAGAUAGAGCCUGACCAAAUCGAAGACAUUGUGCCAUGUGUGGAAAGUAAAAAUAAAGAAGAAAUAGGAUAUUUUUGCGAGCUUCCUUUGGAUCUGCUAUCUUCAGUCGCUAGCUGCCUUGUGUUACAUGAUUAUAUGAACUUUCGCGUUGUUAACAGAAUCUGCCGGUUAGCAGCCCCUCCAAUCCAUUGGCCAGCCACCAUAAAAAAAUUGGUGAGACAUUCUUUAGCCCCAUGGCUUAUGGUUUGUAAAAAGGGCCAAGAUAAAUGCAAGUUUAUUGAUCCAUUGCAUCGAGAAAGAUAUUUAAUGAAUAAUCCUAACAAAUCAAGUGACGUCAGAAUGUGCUACUCAAAAGAAGGUUGGUGCUUAAUGUUACAAGGGGAAUACACCAUUUUCUUUUGGAAUCCCUUCACAAAAAAAAUCAUUCUACUUCCGAAGCUUCCCCAUGAAUUUAAAACAAUUAUAGGCUGUGAUUUUUCAUCUUCACCGGAUUCUUCAGGUUGCCUUCUUGUUUUGAUUUACAUUUUGGUAGGAGAGGGACACUGGGAAAGUCUUUAUGCUUUUAAAUGGAAGGAUUUCAAGUUGAGUAAAAACAAUAAUCCAGUUUUCUAUAAUGAAGAGUUGUACUUGCUUGGUUCAGAGGGAAACCUAGGAGUGUUUAGGGAGGGUUUUAUCUGGGAAGUUCUUGACAAGCCUCAAAGGCCUUGCAAGUCAUUCUAUCAAAGCUUUCUUCUACAAGGAAAUGGCAAGCUUCUAUCUGUGUUUGUGGGUUUCAUGGGAAAGUGGCUCAAGGUUUUCGAGUUGAAUCUCUCUACAAUGAAUUGGGUUGAAAUUGACAAUGUAAGAGAUAAGGUAAUCCAUGUUAGCCGUAUAUCAUCUUUCUCUACCGCAGCAACAACAGAAGAAAUGAGGAACACAGUUUGCCUCCCCAGGUUUUAUGAGGAUAACUUGGUAUAUUAUUCGCUAGAUUACAAAAAGUAUCAUUUUUAUGGCUCAAAUGUUGUUAUGGAAGACUUUUACAACACAAAAGAACAAUUAUAUAGUGGUUGGAUUGAACCAAGGUGGUAGUAAAUUAUUGUUUGAUUAGAACAACUCUCUUAAUAGUAUAAAUAAUUUUUUCCUUUGUCAUUUCCUUUUUAAGUAUUUUCUAUGGAUUAGUUCU